GGGAGUUCACUCUGGAAUACAAAUAAAUAAAUCAAAGUCCACAACAUCAACUAACAUUGGAUAAGUUACCAAGUCACGCUUUGGUUGUACAGAAACUGACACUUGAGUGAACAACUUACUUUAGAUCCUGAAAGCAUCAUCUCAACGAAGAAGAACAAGAACUAUAGUGCUGCUUGCAAAUAUGGCAGUAUUUCCACUGAAACUGGUCUUUUGCACAUUUAGAAUGCUGUGUGUUUUAGCAACAAACCUUUACUCCAUCCCGGCCUAUCUCAUCUGGAUGUUUAUGUUAUGGCCAAUCCGAUUCGUUUUCCCCAAGGUGUACUGGAAGUUGGAGGCUUUGUUGUUCAAGGGUCUUCUUGCUAUUAUUGUUACGUGGCUGUACACUGCAGGAUACCAAGUGUACGAGAGCGGCGACGACAUCAGCAGUCUGUACAAGGAGUCGUGUCUGGUGAUCUGCAACCACCAGUCGACCGCAGACAUCCUUGUUCUGAUGACCGCACUCCAGGGGAAGGGUCUUGUCGGGGGACACGUCAUGUGGAUCAUGGACUCCAUCUUCAAGUUCACACACUUUGGGGCCGUGUCAUUGGUCAGAGAAGACUUUUUCAUACACCAGGGAAAAGAAGGACGGAUAAAGGAAAUCCAGCGACUUGGAGCUCACUUGAAGAACAGUUUUUUCUUAUAUUUCAAGAAGUGGCUGGUUUUGUUUCCCGAGGGUGGUUUUCUCAGAAAAAGAAGAGAUGCUAGCAUAAGAUAUGCUGAAGAACAUGAUCUCCCCAUUCUUCAUCAUGUGACGUUGCCCAGAACAGGUGCCAUGAAUGCCAUCAUAGAGGCCAUUGCGGGUCAAAGACAAAUUGCAGAUAGUAGAAUCGACAAAGAAAUUGCUGAAGUCUCAUCUAAUGCCCAACUGGAGUGGGUGAUCGACAUGACGAUAGCCUACCCACAGGGCCGCCCGCUGGAUCUCCAAGGAGUGAUCUUCGGCUACUGGCCCCCAUGUCAGGUGGUGGUGCACUACAAGGCCUACCCGUUCGUUGACAUACCGUCGGACCUGGAGAGCCUCACCAAGUGGCUCUACGACCGCUACGAGGAGAAGGAGAACAUGCUGGACCACUACUACCAGCUCAACAGAGUGCCCAGCUCGGAGUUCCCACGCAGGUGUUUGCCCCUGAGGACAGACGGUCUGAUGCAGGUGGACAUCUUACACAUUUCCCUGUAUCACCUGUUCUUCAUCGUGUCCACGUACCUCCAUAUACUCUACAUCUACGGCCCCUUGCUCAGUCUGUUGUUUUAAGAUGCAGAAUCAUUGUUGUUUGGUGUGCAUGCAUUUUCAGAAUGAAAAACGAGGUGUUCUUUUGCUGAGGUUUAAAAAAAAGAAAAGAAAAAAAAGUGUGCUUAAUAUAUUCCUAACAGAUAUUAUAUGUUAUGUUUUAAAAUGUUUAACAUUUUAAACAGAUUUUAAAGAAUGUUUACAGUGUUUUUAACAAGUGCAUACAAAUGCUAUUGUCCUCCUUUUUUACAAGGCAUGUAUCCUGUGUGUGUGUUUUUGUGUUUAUGUGUGUGUGUGUGAGUUGUUUUCCUCUGAAUAGCAAACGUAUGUAUUUAAAGGGGCGUUCUCACUAAUGCAGUUAGUCGCAUCGAUUUGUCACAUGCGAUCGAUUCAUACUGUGAGAGCAUCUAAAUCGGAACAACUUUAGUUUUAUACUUUCCGAUUUUUGUAGGGCCAACAAAUCACAUACGAUAAGUUGGUGCGACUAAUCGCAUAAUGAGAAGGCAGCUCAAGCUACCGUAUGUUUUGUCCUACAGUUUAGGGUUGCAUAGAUCUAGAAUACAACAAAAUCUUUUAAAUCGUCAAUAUCCAGUUUGUACUGAUUGCACAUCUUACUUCACUCCACCUUGGAUCUUCAUUAGCAGAUCUGAAUUGACCCAAUACUAUGUCAUGUUAGUCAUUUUGAAUGUUUUACGGCUUGUUACCUACUGGCAAGGAUUUGAUUAGUUAAAAGAAAGGUCAUAUGGACAUGGCUAACAUUGGCUUUGAUUAGAUCUUUUAAAGGGACAGACCCUAGUUUCAGCCCAUGGAAAUGCACACUAACUUUAGUUAAGUUACAAUUGAGUAAAACCUGAGUCUGUGACUUUGAACUUGUGAAAUACCCUCUAAAAAUAGACUAAAACUUGAGUCCAUAACUGUUGCUUCUCAGACACACGUGCAUUUUAA